GUUCCUGACCGUAAGAUAAUCGUGGUCUGUACGUCACGGUAAUGGCAUCAUUAGACACCGCUAACUGGCUAUGAACUGGUUUGCUGGGCUUAUCCAGUCCUGCUCUGCGUUUACACUGCCCGGCCGCUUUUUGUCCUACAGAAUCCAGAGGGCUGCCAGCUAAUUUGACUGCCGCUCUUAAUCUCUCCUAAAAGCGCUUGACACGUGCCUUCCAGGAGCAAGGAACCUAGCGGACGCAAGUGGACACCAUGACCGGCAUCGGGGCAGAGGAUGACAUCCCACUCUGCGAGAGGAAAACCAUCACCGACUUCUGCUAUCUGCUGGACAAGUCGAAGCAGCUCUUCAACGGCCUGAGAGACCUUCCUCAGUACGGACACAAGCAGUGGCAGUCCUACUUUGGCCGCACCUUUGACGUCUACACUAAGCUGUGGAAGUUUCAGCAACAGCACAGGCAGGUGCUUGACACUCGUUAUGGGUUGAAGAGGUGGCAGAUUGGGGAGGUGGCCUCCAAGAUUGGGCAGCUGUACUACCACUACUAUUUACGCACGUCUGAAACCAGCUAUCUGAAUGAGGCUUUUUCCUUCUACUCUGCCAUCCGGCAGAGAUCCUACUAUUAUCAGGUCAACAAGGAGGACAGGCCAGAGCUGGUGGUGAAGAAACUGCGUUACUUUGCCCGCUACAUUGUGGUCUGCCUCCUGCUGAACAAGAUGGACCUGGUCAAGAUGCUUGUGAAGGAGCUGUCAGAGGAGAUAGAGGACUACACCCAGCGCUUUAGCACAGAGGACCAGCUGGAGUGGAACCUGGUGCUUCAAGAGGUGACCGCCUUUGUGGAGGCAGACCCAGUGAUGAUACUGACCAAUGACAACGCGGUCGUGAUCACAUCCAACCGGCUGCAUGAAGGGGGCAUGCCCCAGCUGGAGCCGGGCAUGGUGGUUGGUCAGCUCGCCCUGGCCGAUGCACUCAUCAUCGGCAACUGCAACAAUCAGGUGAAGUUCAGCGAGCUGACCAUCGACAUGUUCCGCAUGCUGCAAGCCUUGGAGAGGGAGCCGGUGACCCUGGCAACACAGUCGAACAAGACCGGCACCCUGGAACCCAGCGAGAAACCACCUAAGCGGGAGAACCCUCACAAGUACCUGCUGUACAAACCCACCUUCAGCCAGGUGUACACCUUCUUAUCUGCAUCCUUCAAGGAGCUGCCAGCGAAUAGCGUGCUACUUCUCUACCUUUCUGCCACUGGAGUCUUCCCCAAUGGACGCGGCGAAUAUGACGGACCCUACGACCUAGGGGGUGUCCUCACCAGCAACAACCGUGACCUGGUCAACGGGGAGACGGUCCAGCGGAGAAACCAGGCAGAGAAAGAGAUGCACUGUCUCCAUCCAGGUGACCUGUAUCCUUUCACCAGGAAACCCCUCUUUGUUAUUGUGGACUCCUCCAACAGUAUGGCCUACAAGAAUUUCUUGAAUCUUUUCGGACAGCCACUGGUGUGCCUGCUGUCACCCACAGUCUAUCCCAAGAGUCUGCAAGACCAAUCACAGCGUGGCAGCCUCUUCACACUCUUCCUGUACAGCCCCAUAGUGGCCUUCGUCUCCGUGUGCGGCCUCAGUAGCCUAAGGCAGGGCCUGUGGGAAAAGGCCCAGGAGUUCCUGCACCUUGUGUACCGUGAAGUGGGCCAGAUGAUCACCCGCUCUCGCAGCAUAGACCAGGCCUUUCUGCAGUUCUAUGGGGAUGAAUUCCUGCGACUUCUCCUCAUCCGCUUCGUCUUCUGUUCGGCCGUCCUGAGGCUGCACAAGCUCUUCCGGGAUUCCCGGAGUUACCCAGAAUCCUACCCCCAGCUUCCCAAGCCGGACACGGUUGAGAACAGUUUGCUGCAGAAGCGUGUGCUAGAGCUGGCAGCCAUGUUGGAUGUGCAGUCUCUCUUCUACAGCAACACCCUGGAUGGCUUCUGACAGCCCUCCCCCUGCCAGCUCCGUCAAACGCUCUCCGAGGGGGUGUUAAUGGUAUCGAACAUUCCUAGACAAGAACGUCCAGUUUAUUUGAUCAUUUUCUCACUAGACGUACAUUUUUCUACUUUUAAAAAGAGCUGAUCAUCUAUUUUUUUAAAACAUGGUCAAACAGUUUUAUAUUGCACCUUCUUAGAAUUUGGUUCUAAAUGUACAUAAAAAAUACACUUUUGUUGGCAGAUACUAGAAAACAAGUAGCUAUAUCGUGUUGUGUCAGCGUAGCGACGAACAUCGGAUUGUCAUGGGGCAGAGGUGGACUGCACACGCACUCUCACAUCAUGGGUGCCGGAUUUUGGACAGUCUCGAGCUGUGCUGGGUAGUAACAUCUCCUUUGAGAGAAUACGUUGUGAUCCAUCUGCACAUGUGCGUGGUGCAGUCAGAAGUUGCCUUUGUCCCAUUCUUACAUUAUAGGUUUAAAAAUACUCAUUAUGGUAGCUGCAAUCUGCUCAUCGCUUUUGGGGGGUUUUUCCCUAGAAUUCUUUCAUCUUCCUUGUUAAUGAACCUAUUGUAUUUACAGAAGAAGCUUUGAACCCCC